AUGGAUUCGCUGUCCUCUGUGCCUGUAAAUAAAAAAAAAAAAAAAAAAUUUUGGAGUGGGGCAAGAUUUUGGGUCGCAUUCAUGGCGGAGAAUCCAAACUCUCGACCUGUAAUAACCACCGCGAGCAGUUCUUACCUGGAAUGCGGGAAUUCAAGCACAAGGACCCCGUGGUACGACAAAGAGUCCAUGCUGAGCGUGCCUUAUUACCUUAUCCUUGUUGAAGUUAUUUUGGGUCUGCUGGUAUGGGCACUGAUUGCAACCACAGAGUAUUUCCACUUUUCCCCAUUUGGAUGGGUGAUGUUUGUGACUGUCUUCUAUUGGCUUCUCACCCUCUUCCUCUUCAUCAUCAACCUGGCCAAUGGGAAAAUCCGACACAUGCCUUGGACUACAGUGGUUCUCGUUUUUAACUGCAGUGCGGCAAUAUUGUACACUUCGGCUGCUAUUGUUGAGGCAGCUUUGGUCAAUCGGGGGGCCAAAGGUCAUCAUGAUUUUAACUGCUGGGCAGCAUCAACGUUUUUUGCAUUCCUAGUAUCUCUGAGUUACGCUGCUAGUGCGUUCUUCAGUUACAAAUCCUGGCACAGAGGAGAUGAAUAAAGUGAGAAAAAAAUGUUAAAAAUAUGGCUCAUCCUUACAUUGUUCAGGAAUGGACUAAACUUGAAAAAUAUUUAAUAUUGAUGACUCUCUAUUUUAUUAAAAAUUAAGAAAUUAACCUUUUGCUCUGUAUGUAUUUGCAAUCAUUCCACAAAUACACAGAUUUGUCUAAUGAAGAGAUGUUUUGAUAUUUUUUCAUAAUUUAUAUGGAUAUUAUUUACAUUAUUUUAUCUUUAUUGAAUGGAGUAUAAUCCUAAGGCUUAUUGACUGUUUGUGAAUGAAUAGGCAUUUAAUGUUUCACCUGUGUGAAUGUUGAUUACCAUUUGCAUGAUCUAAAAGUAUGCUGAAAAACCUCACGAUGUUUGGACUUACCUGACUGACAUUUUAUGAGCCUCAUUGUAUUUCAAGAAGCAUGCGCAACUCUGUUCUCACAAAACAUUUUCCUUUUCCAUCCAGGUCUAAGUCAUUUACUUAAGUUUUAUAUUUGCAAACUCUAUUAUGGCGGCACACAAUAAAGCAGCUCACAUUUGGCAAACCAGUAAAGGAAGUUCACAAGUGCAUUCAUGUACAACACCACAAACACAAAAAGAUGUGCUUGUCGAAUAUGUGUUCACUAUUACAGGAAUGUGAUGAGAUAGGCCUACGUAUUGAGCUCAUCUAUUAUGUCAUUACUGUGUUCCAUUGAACUAUGUUUCAUGCUUUCGGAUAUUAAGAGAAUGUUAACUGUAUGACUGUGAAUCAUGAUGUGAAAUUGAGCAACGCUACUCAACCACGUCAGAUGUGGUUUCCUGGCCACUACACGCGCGGGCUUUGUUCGUUUUAAGUGUAUGUUUGUUUGAUACAUAAACCACCGAACGAUGAUGGGGAUUUUAUCUCUGGACUACUUACUAUCAAAACAAGGAAUUCUGAAGAUCGCUCAGCUCGUAAUUCUCCUGGUAGCGUUCGCUUGCGUUCGCUCGACGUGGUACAACAGCUUUUACGCUUACGGUUUCUAUGAAGGGGUUACGCUGGGUUACUCCGUCACAAUUAUCCUUUACGUGUUCCUGACUGUCUUUGGGCUUCCGAAAAGGGCAUCAUUUGUGAACUGGCUCAUAGCCGAGUUGGUGCUCGAUACACUGGGAUUCAUCUUCAUCUCCACUGGGUCCAUUGUAGCUGCUGUAAAGUCUUAUGGAGUCCCCAUUCUGGUUGGCGCCUCAGUAUGUGGGCUUCUGGCCUCAUAUCUCUUAGUUGUUAGUAUGAUACUGUCGUUUGUUGCCGCUCACCGCCCUCAACCUGCGGAUCCACCAGUAUAAAAGUGUCUUGAUAUUUAUAGUGCUCCUGAAAUAUCUAAUUGCUCUCAACACAUGACAGCAUGGAUGGGGAAUUGAUAAAGGGUAUGGAUGUUUUAAUAAAUUUAUAUGGAAUAUAAAAGACUAUCACAAUA